AUCGUCAAGACCAAGGCGCCUGCGGUGCUCCGCCUGGUGUUCCACGAUGCCGGUACGUUCAGGACCGCCACCAACGACGGCGGCAUGAACGCCUCGGUGAGGUACGAGCUGUCACGCCCCGAGUCGUUCGGCCUUAAGCGCGGCCUCGGCCCGGUGACAGCCGUGUAUGACGCCACCAGGGACGGACCCGCGGCGGGGCUGUCGUUCGCGGAUUGCAUCGCAGCGGCGGGAGCGUACGCGGUGGAGAUCACCGGUGGACCGGUCAUCGAGGUACCUCUGGGUAGGAUCGACGCGGACAAGGCUGACCCGGAGGGGAGGAUGCCCGGGGAGAGCCUGACGGGCGUGGAACAGAGGGACGUGUUCGGCGCGAUGGGGAUGUCGACGCAGGAGAUGGUCGCCCUCGCGGGCGCACACACCAUAGGAGGUAAGGGCUUCGGCGAGCCUUACUCGUUCGACAACGAGUACUACAAGACACUCCUAAAGCAACCGUGGGCGGACACGACGAAGACCAAAGAGGAGCUGGACAUGGCAUCGCACAUUGGGCUCACCUCGGAUAAGAACCUGGCGGUUGACGAGCCCAGCCUGGACUACAUCCGCGCGUACGCCGCGGACCAGGACAAGUUCUUCGCGGACUUCUCGAAGGUUUACGUGAAGAUGACCACGAUGGGGGCGAAGUUU